UCUGUUUGCUUUCACUCCAGACAUAAACCAACAUGAUAUAAUUCUUAUCUCUGUGCCAUAGGUACUGCUCUAAAAUGUGUUGAUAUAGUACAGUGCACAGUUUAACACUCAAUCCGUGUCUGUUCAAGUACAGCAUGUCUUCACAGGGGUGCAUCACCUUUUCAACAAAUAUCUGGAUUUCACAUCAUAAAGCCCCAGGUCUAAUAAACUUGCAGGAAAUCUUAGUAAUGACAAAACCAGUCCCUUUAAAGUAUACAGAAUGGACAAAACGGUUUAAAUGAGUUUUUGGCUUGCAUUGUGGCUCUUGGGCUACUAACAUUUGCUCCACACAAAGAUUUCAGACACGCUGAACUUUUCCCUCUAACGCAGCUGAAGCCAUUCCAGAAAUCCCCUCUCACCCACUGGCUCAGCAGCAGCACCCUUCCCCUCCAGCACAGAGGGGUGGGAUUGCAUCCCACCCACGGGCUGCCUUAUAAAAGGCCUGGCUACAAAACGACAUUUGAAUUUUUGUCCGGAUCUUCCCUCUGCUGUCUGGCAAUGCCUGUGGAUUUCAGUGGAACCUGGAACCUUGUCAGCAAUGACAACUUUGAAGGUUAUAUGGUGGCUUUAGGUAUUGACUUCGCAACACGCAAAAUAGCAAAAAUGCUGAAGCCUCAGAAAGUGAUCAAACAAGAUGGUGAUUCAUUCUACAUCCACACCACUAGCACAUUCAGAGAUUACUUGCUUGAAUUCAAAGUUGGAGAAGAGUUUGAGGAAGAUAAUAAAGGCUUGGAUAACAGAAAAUGCAAGAGCCUCGUUACCUGGGAAAAUGACAAACUUGUCUGUGUCCAGACUGGGGAGAAGAAGAACAGGGGCUGGACUCACUGGCUUGAAGGGGAUGACCUCCACCUGGAGCUUCGUUGUGAGAAUCAAGUAUGCAGACAGGUCUUCAAGAGAGCUUGAAUCUGUGCUGGUGCUGCCUGCAGGAACAGCUCUGCCCCGGAGCCUGGUGUGCAGGGAGGCUCUGCAGACAAGAACGGCCUCCUGUACCUGUUAUUAACCUGAAUGUCAGAACUCUGGCUCAGGAAAUCAGUCUGCUGUUACCAAUGUUAAAGGUCUAAUUUUUGCUAAUAAAUUCCCCAAACCAAACUAA